AUGGCUAUCUCUACUAUUGUUUCAAAUGUAGCGUAUUUGUGGAUCUAUGUUUUAUUCAUUGUAAGCAGUGCCAUUAUCUCUUGCGGAGCAGAUAAAAAUCGAGAGAAGGUGCAUGUGGCAAAGCGACAGGAACUCAAAAACCGCCAACGUGAUGCAAUGCUCGCUGGUAGACCCGUACAGACAGUAAUUGAAGAAGUGGAACCGCUUAUGCAACGGUCGGCAUCGAGGUAA